AUGGAGUUUUCUCAACCCAUCUAUAUUUUUGAAAAUGGCAAACCAAACCAUAAUGGUGAAAAAUUGGAAGUAGGUUUGGUGUUUGAAAAUAAGGAAGCAUGUGUUCUUUUUUUACAACAUUGGCAUAUUAGUAACAACCUUGACUAUGCAGUAUAUAAAUCUGAUUCAGUAAGGUAUAUAAUAAAAUGUAAGAACCCACAAUGCGUCUUCAAAUGUAGAGCUGCAUUGCGUAAAAAAAGCACAUUAUGGGAGAUUGCUACUAUAAGAGGAUCACACACAUGCACAACAACUUCUAUGUCACAGGAUCAUAGAAAAUUAGAUUCUGAAAUUAUUAGCCAUAACAUCAGAGAACUUGUUAACAGCGACGCUUCACUAAAAGUCAAAGUUAUACAAGCCCAUAUUGCUGAAAAAUACGGUUAUAGAAUCUCAUAUCGGAAAGCUUGGAUUGCAAAGAUUAAAGCUGUAGAAUCACUUUAUGGGAAUUGGGAGACGUCUUACAAUGACCUACCACAAUGGUUGUUGGUGCUGAAGACAUAUCUUCCUGGAACUGUUAUACAGUUGGAAACACUGCCGAUUAUUACAGAGGACGGAACCCAGUUGGGUGAUAAACGAAAAUUUCCCCGACUUUUUUGGGCAUUCGAACCGUGUAUCAGUGGUUUUAGUCACUGUAAACCGAUUGUGCAAAUUGAAGGAACCUGGUUGUACGGCAAGUACAAAGGGACUUUGUUGAUGGAUGUGGCACAAGAUGGAAAUGGUAACAUUUUCCCGAUAGCAUUCGCAUUGGUUGAAGGAGAGACAAAGGAUGGUUGGAGUUUCUUUCUCAGGAAUUUGAGAAUGCACGUGAUCCCCCAGGCCCAUCUUUGUCUAAUAUUCGACUGGCAUCCAUCAAUCAAGAGUGCUUACGAUGAUCCUGAAAAUGGGUGGCAGUUUCCUCCAUCUUCACAUGUUUACUGUAUCAGACACAUUGCGCAAAACUUCAUGCGUGAGUUCAGAAACAAAGCACUACGGAAAACAGUUGUCAACAUGGGAUAUGCACUAACAGAGGUAACAUUUAACUACUACAGUGGCGAAUUACGAAGAACAGAUAGAGCAACUUUGGAGUGGAUUGACAAUAUUCCCAAAGAGAAGUGGUCGAUGGCGUUCGACGGAGGACAGCAGUGGGGACACAUGACCACAAAUUUGACCGAAUCUAUGAACUUGGUACUUAAGGCUAGCCGAAACCUUCCUAUUACAACAUUGGUCAAGUCAACGUAA